AUGUUUAGUGCUCCCGGCAAGGCCUUUGUGGCUGGAGGCUAUUUGGUUCUGGAUCCCAAAUACAAAGCAUUCGUGAUUGCCCUGUCCUCCAGAAUGUAUGCCCAUGCCCAUGUGGAGAAAGAAGCUGGAGAAUACACCGAGGUGUGUGUCAAAUCCCCCCAAUUCGCAGAGGGAGAAUGGUGCUACAAGAUAGAUCUUUCCCGACCUGAUCUCACUCAGGAAAUACAUGGCCGCCACAAUCCCUUUGUGAAGUCCACGAUUGACAUUUUGUUUCUGUAUUUGGCACCAAAACAGAAUAAGCGUAUCACCAUCACCAUCUUCUCUGAUCCAGAAUACCACUCGCAGAAAGACUCCAUGCCGAAAACCUCAAAAACCGGUCUCAAAACCUUCUACUACCACUCACAGCCAAUAAACAAGGUGGCAAAGACCGGACUGGGCUCGAGUGCAGGUCUGGUUGCGUGCUUGACAACGGCUCUGCUCUCGUGUUUCAGCGAAAACUUUGACGUGAAAAACGAGACAACGCUUACCAGGAUCCAUAAUCUUGCUCAGGUUGCUCAUUGUCAUGCCCAGGGGAAAAUUGGCUCAGGAUUCGAUGUGGCUGCUGCAACGUUUGGCUCCAUUGUCUAUCGUAGAUUCGAUCCACAGCUGGUAAACAGAGUCAUAGAGUCUUGGAAAAAUGAGGACUUGGUGCAAUUGGUCGAUAACACAGACUGGAAGAUAGAACACACAAAGUGCUGUCUGCCUCCAGGAAUUAAAUUGCUCAUGGGGGACAUUGUGGGCGGGUCCGAAACCCCAAAGCUGGUCUCCAAGGUUCUGGAAUGGAGGAAAAAAGAACCCGAGAGAUCGCUGGAAGUGUGGACGCAUCUGAACUCGAACAACAUGCGGCUCGUUGAGUCGCUGGAAAAGCUACAAGAUUUCAGCAAAAAACAGCCAGAAACUUACAAAUUGUCGCUGCGAAGCCUAGUGGAAGGCAACAAAAGCGGCUUCAGCGACGUUGUCUCCAGUAUCCAAGGAAUUCGCCAGUACAUGAAAAUCAUGACGCAGGAGAGUGGUGCCGAAAUUGAGCCCGACCAGCAGACUGAACUGCUAGACUACUGCAUGUCGCUAAACGGUGUUUUGGGCGGAGUGGUGCCUGGAGCUGGUGGCUACGACGCAGUGUGCCUGCUGGUGGCCCAAGAAGCCAUCCCAGAAGUGGUUGAACGCACAAAAGAUCUUUCUGUGACGUGGUUGAACCUGCACGAGCAAGAAACAGGCAUCCGCGAAGAAGACGUCUCGAGCUUUAUCGGUCUUUUAUAG